ACAAAUUCAGACGUGGAAGACGAAAGUGGAAACCGCCAAAACUAUCAUUAUCGCAGAGACCUCAUCUUUCAACUUCCAUUCAUUAUUCUAUUUUCCGUUUCACUCCAUUUUCAUACACCCAAUCCCAUUUUUGUAGCAGCAGUGUUCUGUUUCUUCUUCAUGGAAUUGAAUCAUACCAAGCAGACUCUGCAAACGGCUAUGGAGAAUGAACAGCAGCAUCUCUCCCUCUCUGAAUCAGAUUCUACUGAUUCUGAACCUGAGAAAGCUAUUACUUUCUCCUCCCCAGCUCGUUUUCAUAGCGGCUCCGAUUCUGAUCAUUCCACUAAGUUCCAAACAGAUAAAGCUACUAAUCCCUCUACCGUCAAUGGCGAUUCUACUAAGGCGCAAUCUCAGCCGAGGUCAUCAAUUUCCUCCGAUUCAGAUGAUUUUAGUAAGUGUGGAGAACAUAAAGUUAGUAAGAUUGAUUCUACUACUGCUACUGUUAAUAGAGAUUCUACAGCUACUAAAGUAUCUUCACCGCCGGUGGAAUCUCCGCCGAGGUCGUCAAUUUCCUCUGAUCAAAUUUCUCUUCCUCAUGAGUCCUUAAAUAUGGAGGAUACUAAGCCUUCUGCAGCUCCGACGGGGAGUCCGCCGGAAAAACCUCCAAUACCGGAAGCGGUGGUGAAGAAGUUUAUCAAGGAGGAGCCACUGGCUUUGGUGAAAGCGGAUCUGUUUGUCGGAGAUGGUACAGCUAGUAUUAAGGAAGGUGAAGACAGCGGCAACCGUCGGCAGAGAGGAAAGCCACAGUUGUCGAUUUUAAGAAAAGUGAGGAGGGAUGCAAUGGUAAAGAAAGCGGGUUUAGGUUUUAGGAUUUUUGGGUUUUUGUCUUGUUUGGUUUCAUUUUCUGUUAUGGCAGCUGAUAGGAAUAAGGGUUGGGCUCUGGAUUCUUUUGAACGUUACAAGGAGUUCAGGUACUGUAUGUCAGUGAAUGUCAUUGGAUUUGUGUAUUCAGCAGCUCAGGCAUUCGAUUUAGCCUACCAAUCUGCCACCGGCAAGAACAUCGUGCAACAUCAUUUGCGCUACAUGUUUGAUUUUGCCCUAGAUCAGGUGGUAACAUAUCUUCUGAUAUCAGCAUCAUCUUCUGCUGCCACUCGCAUUGAUGAUUGGCAGUCCAAUUGGGGCAAGGACAAAUUUCCUGAUAUGGCAAGCGCCUCUGUAGCAUUGUCCUUCCUUUCAUUUGCGGCUUUGGCCUUCAGCUCACUCAUAUCUGGCUAUGUACUAUGCAAUUCCAGAUCAACGUAGUAACGGUCCAUGUUUGAGUCUAUUUGUUUCUCAUCCUUUAAAGUUUGACAUAAUUGUAUGAUGUGAAAAAUCAGUUGCAGGUUGUUCAGGUGAAACUAAGGUUUCUUGAGUUAAUUAUGUUGUAAUGCUCCUUGAACAAAGCUUUAGGAUGAUAUUAUAUAUGUGUCUUGUUAGUGAGAUAUCUAAUUAUGAGAAUUACCAGAUUCGAUGAA